AUGGCCAAAUCAGCUGUCAGCAAGAGCAUGGCACGAAAGCGAUCUCAGGAACCUACACAACAUGUGUCUGGAUUGUCCACUGCAAAGUCGGGUGCAAAACGCAAGAACGACAAUGUCAAGUUUGGCAGCCUUAGUCGCAAACAAAAGAACGAUCUCAAGGAAUAUGGUACGCUGAUCCCGGACGAUUUCCACGACGACGAUGACGACGACAAUAUGGACGAGCAAGGUCCAAGCAAACGUCCUCGUCGUGUCGUCUAUGAAGAAGAUCUCGAUCGUGAACUCGAGGAAGAAGCUGGCAUGGAAGAAUCGGAUGAAAGCGAAGAAGAAGAGGAAGAGGAAGAGGAAUGGCAGAAACCAUCAGCCUAUUCUCGAUUGGUUGGCUCGUUGCAAAAGACAUCCAAGCACCGUGAUUUCUAUGAGCGCAUCAAACGUGAGCAACAAGGUGUCGAGGACAUUGAAGAGGAGUUAGAGGACGAGGGUGAGGAGGAUAUUGAGGGUGAGGAUGAGGAUGAUGACGAAGAUAUGGAUGAUGAAGAAGAACUUGUCGAUGAGGAUAGCGAGGAUGCUGAAGAAGAUGAAGAAGACAAUGAAGCAGCUGUGGUUGAAGAAGAGCAAGAAAAUGAUGAUGAAGAAGAAGAGGAGAUCAUGAUUGGAGAUUUGUCUGAUGACGAUGAAGAAAAUGUUGAUCCCUUUGAACGCCGAUUAUCUGACGAGCAACCCAAGUCAUUCGAUGAAGAUAUUGUUUUGGCUGAUCAGAAAAAGUGGACUACAGAGAUGUUCCAAGAUGAUGCAUUGAAAGAGGUGGCAGCAUUUACUCUUCAUCCCGACAAGUCUGUGAAGGAGCAAAAGCCGAUCAAGGAUUUGGUUGAAAUCAAGGUCAAAGAGCGACUUGCAAGACGAUGGAAGGAAGCCAACUCUGAUUUCGUGGAUGAAAAAGAUGAAUCAGCCCUUUUUACCCCUCUUCAAGAACGUCUCUUCCGCUACUUCAAUGAGCAUCGUGAUGUCUUAUAUUGCAAUCGCACCGUCGAGAACGCAGCCGAGAUCAGAAACGCUUAUGCAUUGCAUAUCUUGAACUACAUUUACAAAACCAACGAUCGCGUAGUGAAGAAUAAUUCCAAGAUCGCCAAUGCACAUAAGGAAAACAAAGAGAUUGGAGAGAUCCGUGACCAAGGUUUUACACGUCCCAAGGUGCUCCUUAUUCUUCCAUUCCGUAAUUCGGUUGUCAAGGUGGUGGAUGCUCUCAUUAAGGCUUCUGGAACAGAUCAACAAGAGAACAAGAAGAGAUUCUAUGACGAGUUUCGAUUGCGUGAUGACGAUCAGCUCAACAAGGACAAACCAGCAGAUUACGUGGAUACGUUCUCUGGCAAUGUGGAUGACCAUUUCCGUUUUGGUAUCAAGUUUGGCCGCAAGACAAUGAAGUUUUAUUCGGGCUUGUUUGCAUCAGACAUGAUUAUCGCCUCUCCUCUUGGUUUGCGUACAUUGAUCAAUGGUGAAGAAGGUGAUGAACGAAACCAUGACGCCCUUUCAUCGAUUGAGCUUGUUAUUAUGGAUCAGGCCAACCACAUUAUGAUGCAAAACUGGGAGCACGUAGAGUAUGUGAUGCAACAUCUCAACUUGAUCCCGGAGAAAACUCACGGUUGUGAUAUCUCGCGUAUCAAGAGCUGGUACCUGGAUAGAAAAGCUUGUUAUUUGCGACAAACGCUUGUGUUUUCCGAAUUCUUGACUCCUGAAAUCAAUGGCUUGUUCAGCAAAUACUUCAAGAAUGUAUCUGGCAAGAUCAAAAUCAAGCAACGCUAUGAAGAUGGUAGCAUUUUGGAUGUCAUCCCACAAGUGCAGCAGACAUUUACUCGCAUCGACACAACAUCUCUUGCCGCUAUGAAUGAUACUCGCUUCAAGUAUUUUAUUGAAAAGACACUUCCCACCUUGCGUAAAUCAGCACUCAUGCAAACACAUACCCUGAUCUUUGUUCCUUCUUACUUUGACUACGUCCGGCUACGAAACUAUUUUGAAGACAACAUGUAUUCUUACGAUUCUUGUUGCGAGUACACUGAUCCAAGGGAUAUGACACGUGCCAGAGGCAAUUUCUUCCAAGGCAAAGUCAGCUUCCUCUUGUACACGGAGCGUUUGCACUUUUAUCGACGGCUCAACAUUCGAGGCACCUUCCAUGUCGUCUUUUAUGGAUUGCCAGAUCAUCCUCAAUUCUAUUCGGAAGUGGUCAACUUUUUGGGUCUCAAGUUUGAUGAAGCAAGUGCUGCUGAAGAAGCUACAUUUUCUUGUACGACGCUGUUUUCACGCUACGACCAUCUCAAGCUAGAACGUAUUGUUGGCAGCGACAGAGCUCGCAAAAUGUGCACCGCACAAAAGAACGUUUUUAUGUUUGCAUAG